AUAAGAAAAAACGGGCCGUAGUUUUGCCGCUCUGUGUCUGCGCCUCAGAGCCUGAGGUGGGGUGAACACUGUCGAGGAGCUUUCUAGUCAGAAGACACAAGGGGGAAGAGACAGAGGGAGUAGAAACGGGAGGGAGAGAGAGAGAGAAAAGGGAGGAGGUGACAUCUCUGGGAUCUUUUUUUUCUUUCUUCCCCCACUUUUUUUCGGAGGUUACCUCAGGCUUGAACCUGUGGUCGCCCUAUAGAAAGGAAGGUUGAGGAAGCCGCCUCUAAAUCAGAGGGAAGUACAUUAUAUCUGUGGUGGCAUGCGUUAUCUGCUGUUUCACUCCUUUCUUUAUUAGGGCUUUCUAAAACUUCUUUUUUAUCCACUUUAUUCCGGAGCUUGUCAAGCUCCCCUCCAGGAUCCAAUGAUUACAGGGCAGCUGAGCAAGCCGCUGCUCUCCCUGCGCAGCGACAUGAGCGCGGCAGAACUCCGAGCGGACGACAAAGUGGCCACCCCAGAGAGCGAUUUGAACGACGAGCCCCUGCUCCUGCCCUCUGAGGCCACGGACAGAGAGGGCACUCCCAACAAGCUUUAUGGAAUUCGUGAUGGAUCCGUUCAGUCUGAAGCCAGCAGCAGUCCCUGUGAGCAGAGUCAACUGGGCCAGUCUCACCCAGGAUACCCGCUCGGUCCACAGUCUCUCCUGGUGGCCCAACAACUGGCUAACGCGGUGGGUGGCGUGAUGUCCGGGGCGGCGCCAGGCAUGAACCAGCCCAUCCUCAUCCCCUUCAACACAGGCGGACACCUCGGUGGGCAGCAGGGCCUGGUGCUCUCCCUGCCCACAGCCAACAUCCAGAGCCUGGUGGCUGCCGCCGCUGCAGGGGGCCUCAUGACGCUCCCCCUACAGAACCUGCAAGCUACCUCAUCACUGAGCUCCCAGCUCCAGCACCUGCAGCAGCUCCAGCAAAUGCAGCAGCACCACCACAACCAGCAGCAGCAGCAGCACCAUCAUCAUCAGCAACAAACCCAUUCCCACACCCAGAACCAGCUGCCAUCCCAACACCACAUAACCCCACCCAGUCAGCAGCAGACCUCCGUGCCAUCUCCAGGUUCCACUUGCUCCUCCACCUCGGGACAGCCGCAGCAGUCCCCGCCGCAUCGGCCCAACCAGUCGCCGGCCCGCAGCCUUCCCUCCCCUGUCACCCCUCCCAUGCCUCUGCCGCUGAACCCUCUGGCCAGCCAGGCGGCGGCAGCGGCAGCGGCAGCCAUGGGGUCCAUCGCUGGCUCUCAGGUGUUCGGCAACACCCUCUCGAACCUGCAAGGGGCCACCGGGCAGCUCGUCACCAACGCACAAGGACAGAUAAUUGGAACAAUUCCACUGAUGCCCAAUUCUGCAGGGCCCUCCAGCCACUCAGGGGGUGGUAACCCAGCACUGCAGGUACAGCCAAUUACACCUCAGCUUCUGACCAACGCUCAAGGCCAGAUCAUCGCCACAGUGAUCGGCAAUCAGAUCCUGCCUGUCAUCAACACCCAGGGAAUCACGCUGUCACCAAUCAAGCCCGGACAGCAGAUGCCUCAGGCGCAGCAGGGUCAGACGGGCCCCGCAUCGUCUCAAGCCAGCCUGCUUCACAUGCCCCACAGACAGAGUCCUCUCCACCAGCCCUCUUCCUCCUCCUCCACCUCCUCCUCUUCCUCAGCUCUCAGCGUAGGGCAGCUGGUUAGCAGUAAGUGUCCCACACAACUCACAAAAAUGAAUCGGAGAGUAACGUGCAGAUUACUACAGUAUGACUGAAACAACCAGUUAACUUAACCAGUUGUAGUUUUUUUUAUCUGUGGAUUAAUCUAUUUCUGCUGUUCCUCUGGGCUGCUGCAUCGUGUCUGAGAGUAGGACCAAAAAAUAAAUAAUAAACUAUAGUGUUUGUGUUCAUCAUUGUGGAGGAACAUGUCAGCUAGUGUGACAGUGUUGUUUGUUGUGUUUUUAUUAGUUACUGGAUCACAAUGGAGCUCUAUGUCACAGAGGAACAAGAAAUCUGGUUUUGGC